UUUGUUCAUUAAAUUUGUACACAAAACACAACUAUUGUUAACUCUGUUGUUGUAUUCUUUUCAUGUUGAUUGACUUUACGUGAUUUAUUAUUGUGUGAUAUUAAAUUUUUAAAUAAUAAAUACAUUAUUGAAUAUGUAUCGACAUCUGAAAGUGUAUAUAAAUUUGAUAUAAGUAAAAUUUAAAUUAAUCUAUGUAAUAUUGUAACAAUUAUCAUUUCGAAGUCAUGGAUACUAACAAUUCUAUUCUAACAACGUUUUUACUAAACAAUCUUGAAGAUACAACAAUUGAUGUCAAUAGAAUCAUGUAUAAUGGUAGUAAUGAAAACUAUACGGAUUUUUUAAUUAACAAUGACACAACAGAAUCAUCAGUGAAUGAUUUUCAAACAUCCGUAAUGAAUCAACCUAAGCUAAACAAAACGUCUAGAAUUUGUACAACAUCAACUUCUACAACAACUGAGGAUCCUUUUGAUGAAUUUGGACCACCCGAUGGAGUAGAAUAUAUAUUUGUACCUCUUGGAGUUAUUAUUUUCGUUAUAAUUCUGUCUGCUGUGGUACUAAUAAUAAUUUUCAAAAAUCAGAAACAUUUAUUAGCUAAUUGUAAUGAUAUUAUUGAACAUGGAGGUGAAGAAGGUGAAGAUGAUUGGGAAACAGAAUUACUGGACGAAGGAUUCAGUAGUCGUCAAAGAAGACAAGGAUAUCAGUCAAUAGACAACGAAGAAAAUUCUGAACUUUUUGGUCACUGACGUAAAAUUCAAUUGAGUGGUAUUCAAACAUAUACUGAUGGUAAUCCAAUGGAAAUACCACCGUAUUUUUUGCCAAAUGCUAAAAUAACUAUGCAUCAAGCAACAGUUGAUCAAGCUGUUGAAAUAACAUCAACAGAUGAAGAUAUAUGCUGACAGUGCUCCCGUACUACUAAAAUUUAGCGAGAAUAAGAUCAAGUAUUAAAUUUUUUUAAUUGAUAAAUAAGUAUUAGUGUAUUUUUACACUAUAGACUGAGAUUAAUUAUUCAAAUUUAAUAAAACAGAAUAAUUUUGUUACAUAUCUAAUCAUAAGAAUAUUUUUUUUUUUACUUUUUAAUUUGAUUUUAGACAUUUUUUAUUUACUUAAUAUAUCUAUUACUUUACUAAAUUUAUCUUUUUAAGUAAAAAAAGUUCUCCUAAAUGGACAGCUUGACAUUUUAAUUUUAUGGCGCGCUCAUUAGAAAAUCACUUUAAAAUUUUAAAAACACGUAAUUUUUUCUCUUUUUUAAAUUUCUAAAAGUAUAUUCUAAUAGGAAAUUUAACUCUGCAAAAAAUAUUUCAAGUGUUCAGUUUGUAAAUUAAACAUGUAUGUUAUAAACAUACGUAGAUUUAUAGACUUUCAAAGAUUAGUACAUAGCAAAUUUAGUUUUUACUGUAAUUCCAGUUUAAUUAGACAUAAAUUAUACUUUUAUUAAAACUUUCGUCAUUCUAUACAUAUUUACUUAACUAUAGAAAAUUAUAGUACUUGAUAAUCAAGUAUUAGUGUAUUUUACACUAUAGACUGAGAUUAGUUGUUUAAAUUUAAUAGAACAGUAUAAUUUUUGUUAUAUAUCUAAUUGUAAAACUUUAUUUUUUGAAUUUGAUUCAAUAUAAACUUUUGUUUAAAAUAUUUAUUACUUUACUAAAGUUAGCUUUUUAAGUCAAAAAAAUUCUCCUAAGUGGAAAGCUUGAUCCCUUAAUUUCACGGCGUGCUCAUCAAAAAUUCUCUAUUAUAUUUAAAAAAAAUUUUUUAAUUUUCUGAUAGCAUAUUCUAGUAGGAAAUUUAACUCUGUAAAAAAUAUUUGAAGUGCAUAGUUUUAAAAUUUACGAUAUAUACGUUAUAAACAUAUAUAAAUUGAUAGACCCUCAAACAUUAGUAAAAAGCAAGUAGAUAAUUAAACAUAUAUAUAGAGUUUUGUAGGUUUUAAAUACACUAAUUCAUGACCUCAGACUUUCCAUAGAAUCAAUUAAAUAUCCUAAUAACAGAUGUUUUAUAAAAUUAAAUAAAAAUAAAAAAGUAACUGUUUUUAUUCCAGAACGAAAAAAAAUUUUUGUUAUCCAUAAUGAAAAAUAUGUUGCGGUGAGUACAUGAUAGAAAUAAAAAAUAGCAAGCUUUCCUUCUAAGAUAAUUAAUUUUAUGUUUGAAAUUAAUUCUAGACUAUAAAUAAUCAUGUAAAAGAUACAAUCUAAUAUAAAAAUAUAUAUUACGGAUAAUUAAAUAAUCAAUAUUUUUUACAAAAAAUAAUAAAGAAUGUUGAUAAAUUUCUGAGUUAAAAGUUAAUUUUUUGAUUUCAUUAUCAUUAUAAAACUCAAUUUGAGAAUAUCUAUAUGAUACUAUACUUUUUAAAAACAUUAAAUCUUGUGCAUAAAUUAUAAUGUAACAAUUGUAUAGCUGAUAUAGUUAAGAAAAAAAUUUAUUGAUAAGAAGUAUUUCAAGUAUUAUUUGAAUUAUUCACUUAGGUAUUUUAUUAGGUCAAAUAACUAAUUUAUAGAUUACACAGAUUUUAGACAUUUAAAUUAAUGUGAAUAAUUACAUUGUAGAAAAGUUAUCCGUGAUUUAGUAGUUAAACUCCAAGUUUUAUCACAUACUAUUUAUUUAUUGCGAUGAAAAAAAAAAAAAAUUACUCAUAAAAAUCAAUUUUUAAGUACUUAAUAGUUGUGAUGCAAAGGAAAAAAAAAGUUUAUGAAAUAUAUCAGAAUUUCAUACACAGGUUUAGUGGUCUAACAACGAUUGUAACAAUAUGCAAUAAAAAAUAAAUUUUCAAAAAUUUAGAUAUAUAGUUAACGUUACCGUGUUAAUUAAGCUCUUAAUCUUCAAAAUAAUAUUAGAAUUUUUACAUCAAAUGAAAAGUUACAUAUUUUUUAAAACUCUAUUUGUGUUAAGUGCCAAAGACGAGCGUUUAUGAGCAUUUAAUUCGCACAUUUAAAAAUUAGCUCUAAAAUCGAAUUACUUAUAUACAUAUUUAUGUAGUUAAUGUGCAUAUACUAAUGAAUUUAAAAUUUUAAUUAUUUCCUUUUUUAACCUGUCAAAUUUUAUAUUUAUAGCAAAAAAAAUCAUUUUUAAAAAUUGCCUGUGAUGGAAGUAUUAUUUAUAUUAAACUCUAAUAAAUUAUGAUUCACUAUUAAUAAAACGCUAUUUUUCUUUAAUUAGGAUUCAAUUGUAUAGUAUUAAAUAGUUUAAAAAAAAUGAGAAUUAUCAAUAAUUUUCAAGUCCUUUAUUUCUGUAAAUAAACUUAUGUACUAUAAGGAUUCUGAAAGGUAAACGGUGUUCAAUUUUAAAAAAUAUUCAUUUUUAAAAUUAUAACUAAUAGUUAAUUAUUAAAAAAAAAGAAAGCUUUGUCGGUAAAAUAAAAAAAAAGUAUUUUAUCUUAUAAUAUAAAUUUUAAUAGGUGAUUUGUAAUAAAUAAGAGUGUUUUGUGAAUUUAUUUACUUUAAUACAAAUUUUACAUUCACACAUCUUGUUCGUCUCAGAAGCGGGACUUCAGAAUUCAUUUACUCAUGUUUCUUAUUUUUUUUCGUUCUUUUUUUUAAUCUAGUAAAGUUGAAAGAAACUUCACGCACUCGUGAUAUACAAGAGUUUUCUAUCCUUUAAUUCAUCCAUAAUAAUUAUUUUUAAUUCGUUACCACCUUUUAAUUCAGAAUUUACAGCAAGUUCACAGAAAAAACAAUACAGUAGUGGCAACUCUCGGGUAUAGUACUGAGUAUUUUCUGUACAAGAAAAAAUUUCAGACAGUGCUGUAGACUAUCUAGACUGUAUCCACUACUGCCUGGGACGGUACUUGGUACUACCCAGAGUAGUGGAUUCAGUCUAGAUAGCAUACAGUACUGUCUGAAAUUUUUUUUUUUUUUUUUUUUACAAAAAGUACUCAAUACUAUCCUAGAGAUUUAUCACUACUAUAUUGUUUUAUCAGUGUUAAAUAUCUUGCUAGCAAUAUGUUAAUUUUCUAUAUUAAUUUUCAUUGUUUAUUCCUGUUAAUGUUAACGUAUUCAAUUAAUUCUAUUUAUUUCAUUAAAUUUUUCAACUUUUUUAUUUAUUUAUUUUUUUUCAUUUUUUUUUUGAGAACUUUAAUUGAGUGUAUGAAUAAAAGACAAUCAUAAUAAUAUUGGUAUUAAUAAAUCACAUAAAAUGUAAGAAAAUAAUCAUAUAUUAAAAAUAAAAACCAUAAGCUAAGAAUGUUGCCUCUGUAACCUUUUUUUUCGACAGUAUCGCGAGUUUUAAAAUUACAAAAUCGGAUUAUCAAAAAUCUUCAAUUUUAUUUUUCACAUUUAGUAUCUUAUACUCUACUUGUUCAGCCAGUUUUAUUACUAGAUAGUAUUGAUUAAAUUUAAUGGGAGAACAAAAUUAUUUUAAGUUGAUAAAUAAAAUAUACUACGUGAUACGAAAGUGUCGAAUAAUUUUUCAUUUUUUCUUAUUUUUUUAAUCUACAUCAAAUGAGCAGUAUUGAUUCAGCUCAACGAGAUAAAAGAGUUUUUAUUCUCGCCGUCGUUGAAAUAAUAAAUCUAAAUACACAUUUGUGUACCAAUUAAAAAAAAAAAAUAAUAAAAUUUAAAAAAAAAAAAAA